CUGCCGCCACCUGCGCUCGUGUCUGUGCGACAGCGACUCCAGCCCUGUGAGGUAAUCCCAGAUCUCUUUCCUUGACGAACCCAGGGGCUGAUGCAUCCCCCUUUCCUGCUGUGGUGCCAGAGCCCUGCAUUUCAGGAUCCUUUCCCUGCUGCUGGGGAUGAGGGUCUCUCCUGCCCGUCAGCUCUCGGCCUCGCUCGCUGCAGGAGAGGUUUCCCAUUGGCCAUCGGCAGCUGAGCAGCGUGCUGCCUGCUAUGGCUGGCUGGUUUAGGCGGCUCCUGCACAAGCCCAAGCCCAGUUCGGUGGAGAGCAGCCUCAACUCCAGCCACUCCGCUUCAUCCUCACCUUCCUCCUCCUCCUCCUCUACCAAGAGCUCCAGCUGCUCGGCCACCAGCUCCAUCCCGCUGUCGCCCGUGCCAGCGCCGGACAUCAGCGCCUCGGACAGCCCCCGCUGGGGCAAGAGCUACGACGUGUGCGUGUGCCACAGCGAGGGGGACCUGGAGCUGGUGGAGGAGCUGGUGUCCUACCUGGAGGGGCAGCCCGAGAGCCUGCGCUGCUUCCUGCAGCUGCGGGACGCGGCGGCGGGCGGCGCGCUGGGCGCGGAGCUGUGCGAUGCCGUGCGGGGCAGCCACUGCUGGGUGCUGCUCAUCACCCCCGCCUUCCUCAAGGACCCCUGGUGCCAGUUCCAGAUGCACCAGGCGCUGGCCGAGGCCCCCGUGGCCAACGGGCGCACCAUCCCGGUGCUGAGGGGCGUGGAUCGCAGGGAGUACCCCAAGGAGCUGCGGAACAUCUACUACAUCUCCAUGGCGCUGAAGGAGAGCAGCUUCAGGCAGAUCAGGGACUCCGUCCUGCGCUACCUUCAGGAGCUGUGUCGGAGCUCCACGAGUGGGAUGGAGUAGUGCUGGGAGCAGGCUGAUGCAUCCCCACGGAUGUCACAGAGCUGUCACCUCCAGGUCUGGAUGCAGCCACGUGCCGAUGGACCCACCACACUGAGCCACUCUGAGCAGACCUGGGAAGCAAGAAUGGGGAGUUCCCAGCUCUGUGGGGGACAGUGGGCUGGUGGUGUGACCUCCACCCCAGUGGCUGAAACCCCUCUGGCGGGGACAGGGACAUCCAUCACGCAAACACUAAGCUCCGACAUCGGGUGGGUCUGGGGAUGCCCAGAGCUCCUUAUGGCGCUGGUGUUCCCUGUCCUGGGGGGCUCUGACACCCCUGGGACCCCCACUGAGCUGACAUGACGCCUGCCGGGCUGCGGGCAGGACAAGGCAGGGUAGUUGUUGCCACGGGCUCGUCGGGACUACGAAAAUGCAGCAGUUUUAAAUU